AGUCGAUGAACGAACAAACAUUGGAUGGAACGGAGUCUGGCCAAAACAAACGUUUGAGACUCAGCAUCGAUGUGUUUCCACACCAUGCUCCCUUCUUCAGAGACACGAGAAUGGGCUCUCUGAGGGACCAUGGAAGCACUUCUCGCAACACUUGGGGUUCAAACUGUCAACUACGCCAUAAGAUCGGGCAUCGCUCUGACGUCCAAAUAUGCAGUCCAGCAGUGCUCACGACUUCUCAAGGCUGUCAAUGACAAGGAGGUGCGUGAAGAGCUCAAGGCGCUGCAGAAGCUGCUCGAUAGCAAAAUCAAGAUACUCUCUCCCGCACUCGACUCCAUCGAGUACAAGUCCGGCCGAGGAAACGUCUUCCUUGCGUCGGCGGUGCCACUUGCCAAGUCGCUCCAUCGAGACAUCGUCCGUCUCGGGAAGCGGCUGGAUAGUGCUGCCACCGCCGAGGAGGAUGCUCAAGAUGCGGGACGCAGGGCCUGGAAGGCGGAAGCCCGCCAUGCUGAGCUCUUGCUGAUCAUUAGCGACAUCAAGCGUCUUCUUGAGCGCAUUGACCGCGAUAUUCCUCUUAUCCAGCUGGCCAUCACUGCGUCUGGCGAGAAGAUGUCUGCAACUCUGACACCUGGCAUAUCGCCUUCAAGAAUGAUGCAGGCUAGUGCCCUGCUUUCUUUUGCGGAUGCCCAGUUUGUCCUUGAACCCUCCCGACCAGUCCAGGUGGGAGCUUCCUUUACAUUGUCUCUCUACAUGCUUUUUCUGGGUCACUCACGGGUUGGACGCUGCCCUGGCGCGCAUGACACGCCGCCGUCGCCUAUGGGAUCAGAGGAAGAUGGGCGCCCUGAGGCGCCCUAUGGUUUUGAAGAAGGAGACAGAAAGCCCAUUUGGCAGGAGGUAAUGCACAAAGCACGGGUGCGGCUCUGCCGGACCCCCUUAAAUUGGACUUUUGAUCCUAAACUGGGUUACAGACCCCAAGGACUUUCUGGUUCACAGCUUACUCGCCCUAUUUCCGGAAAUAGAGAGUCUGUGGUAGGACAACCAGAUGAAUACUCAUACCACUUGGAGAUCAUCGAGGACCUAGAUGAUGGGAGGUUGCACGACGGCGGCGACCGGAACCCCGAGCCCUUCGACGACAUUCGAUUGGCCGGCAUCCGAGAAUCGAUUCCAAUACACCAGAUCUCCAAAAUCUUUUACACGGAUACUGGGAGGAUUCUCAAUAUCGGCAAUGCAGAAGACAAUAAUCCUGUCCUGCUCUUGAAGCGGGAUGUCAACGCAAAAUCACCAGCCCAAAUGCGGAAAGAGUGGUUUGAUGAAUCAGAGGCGGAAGAUGAUUCACCCCACGAGGCCGCGAGCGGACAGUCCGAGUUCUCAGAAUCUGAUGACCAGGACGAAGUUGACCGGCAGCUGUGGGAGGAGACUGAGCAUUCUUCACCGCCCCCUGGCGGCCAAAACGGGUGGUACGUAUCCCGUUUGCCUCCACACCUUGACCCGGAAUGGCUGGCGUUGGAGGUAUACACGGAAGAUAACGACGCCGAAGACGAAUCCGAGGACGAGGACAUCGGAGAUGAGUCCGCCAGUGACCGUGACACACCAAAACGCGCGGCAACUGCUCCGCCGCGGGCCCAACGAGAUGGACUUUCGGUCGACUCCAAGCUGAUGGCCCAGAUCCGGCGGAUCUCGCUCCAGUCAGGAACCAUGUCCGUUCAUCCCUCUCGUCAGUCCUCCUCUACCGAGCUCGAGAAAGCCGACGAGCGGGCACCGGAAUCAUACGUUGCCAGAUCACCCUUCGGUUCCAUCGUAUCAUCCCUCUCGCUGCUGGAGAUGCUGAUACGCCUCACAAGUCUGCAGGAGUUCCAGCAGACGUCCCACUUGGCCAUCCCUGACCAUAUUCUGAUGUUCUUCUUGGAGGAGACCUCGACGACCGGUGCGCAGGGCGAGGCGCACUGGCGGAUGAGGAACGAGGCGAAACGGCGCAUGGGCUUUGAUCCUUACACAGAUACCCUUGAAGGAAGAGCUGGGACAAGCUAACGUAACAUAGCUGCCAUAGAUGGCAUAUAAUAAGUCAAUUAAUGCAUACAAGGCAUCUAAAUCAGGUGAUGGUGAGUCGUGGAGCCAGUGUCGAUUACCAGCUUUCACAAGCAUAAGCAGAAGUACAAUACAAGUGCUUAGGGCCCCAGAGGGAAUUGGUAUCACGGACCGCGGUAUGUAUCCCACUCUGCCUCAGGGGGCUAUCUGGCUAUCAAUGUGCAGAGGUUCCCUAGCGACGC